CGGAGCAAAAAGAAAAAGGUUGCUGACGAAAGUCAUUGCUCGCGACUGGACAGGAGGAUCAACUUUCUGUUUUUAAAAUUUCCACAAAUCGUGUAAAAACAGCUCUGUGCUGCUACGAGAUCGCGUCGUAGUGCAUCAACUCGCUGCGGAGUGCAAAAGUGCGGUAAAGAAGCUGCAUCGCAUGCAUCCCGUGCAUCGUGCGGGAAGAAUAAUUGUAACCAAGUGCAGUGUGUUGUGACUCCGCUCACGACAGUGCAAAGUGAAAAGGCGAAUUUGCAAUCGCAAGAAGAAAAAAAACAACAAAUAGUUUCAAGUGAAAAGCCAGUUUUAAUGAGACUAGCGAAUCUCCCAAUUUCUUCGGUCACUAAUGUAAAGUAGUAUGGUAUCACGGUUCGAACGCCUAAUGGGGUGCUCCUCUAUCCCGAUAGGAGAGACCUCGCCUGAGACCGAUGCGCAAUGCUCAGGCCGAGGCGACUGUCUGAACGGAACGUGUCUGUGCGAAAUUCGCUACAGUGGCGAAGAGUGUUCCGGGUUUAACCUGCCCUACCAUGCCGGGAUUUCCGCGGUGUUUUACUUUGUCGGGUUUGUCUCGCUGGUGCAGCUGAUGAUCUGCAUCAUUGCCGAGUACCAGAGAUUGAAGCAGCCAAGCUUUCUCGCCGCUUGCCGUCUGACCACGCAGAAGCUACUCUAUUUCUUUGUCUUCGUCGCGGCGGUGCUGCGUGGCGCUUACUUUACCACCCCGGAAAAACUGCAACCAGCAUGGGUGUCCUAUCUAAUGUCGCUGUACUAUCCACUCGUCAUGACCUGCGCCUCGCUGGUCGUGUGUCUUUGGGCAGAGAUCUUCCAUCUUCAGGGCAUACGCUGGGAACGGUCGCAGUUCCUGUCGAAGAGCUUCCUCGGCUUCCUGGCGUUCAAUCUGCUGCCGUACAGUCUGUUUCUGGCCGAGAUUGCCUACUCGCAUCUCUUCUCUGGCCGCAGCACGUCCUUCUUCAACGGGUGCUACGCGGCGCUCCUGCUGAUCGUGGUCAUCUUUUUCCUCAUCUACGGUGUCGAGGUGUUCUUCAAGGUCCGUGGUGGGUUCGUGUACGACUUCGGCGUAGUGCCAAACAGUGAGAAUGUGAAUGCGUCCCAGCUGCACCAGUCGCGCUUCGGUUUGCUCAGCCAGGCGAUCAUGAUGAUAGUGAUCGUCGGGUUUCUCACCUCGGAAACGUUGGGCGACUUUUGGAAGAAAAAAGUGCCCGUUUACUCACGUAACUGGCACGAUAUCGUGUUCCGGCUGGCAGAGGUCGGUGUUGCGCUCUGGUUUCCCUGCUGCCUGUGGAACUCGAUGGCGCCGGAGCAGUUGUGGAUUUUGAAUCCGCGCAAGCUACUGACGCGCCAGAUCGACCCAGUGGCGGGCAGCUCCGGGGCAGCCGGUACAGCCGAAGCGCCUGAACCGUCCACCUCCGCCAACGCCGAAGAGGGUCAAUCGUUUCUGGCGAAGAAGGACUGCUGGAUCUGCUACGAUACGGACAAACCGGAACCGUUGAUUCAACCGUGCAAGUGCAUUGGCGACGUUAGCUCGGUGCACCACGAGUGCCUACGUCGGUGGCUCGUGGACAGCUGUGCCAACAGUGGCAGCGAUGGCACCCUGCUCAAGUGCAAGGUGUGCGACUCUCCGUACGAAAUCGAGCGUUCAAACAGGCUCGACUGGGAGAAGGGUUUCACCAUUCAGCACUGGGCAAAAACGAUCAUCAUCGUGACGCUGAUGUGCAUUACGGGCGCUGGCGCUUGGGUCAUCAUUCAGCUGAACGAGGACUCGUUUGUACGCGUGCUGGUGGCCGGUUUUGCGAUCAUCAUCGGUUACAUACUGUUCAAGAUGCUCGGCGAAAACACGGUCACCGCCAUCCAGCGGGCGAAGGUGAGCUCGAUCUACAUCGUAACGUCGGUGAACGAUUUGCAAACCUAAACGGCAUGAUUCGAGUCGCAUACGACGCUGGUUUUACGCACGCAUUUGUUUGGUUUUGUUUGACGAAUCAAAGUAGGCAGAAAAUACCUGGCAAAAAGAGGAUGUUUGAUCAAAGGAUACUUAGACGCAAGAGGAUUAAUUAGUUCAAGGAGACCGCGAUCCGCCCGGAGAAGAGUACAGCAACCCUGUACCGUUAAUGUGAUUGUGUGUACGCAACAAAGCUGGACGAGAUCGCUGAGAAGGGGCGGAGUGUUUGUGUAGCACAAGUUGUUGGAAAAGACUCAUGAUGCCGUUUUAUAAUCCCUUUCGUGGGGUCAGCUUUGGCCUUUGUUUUUGGCGCGUUUUAAAGUGGCGGAAAAGUUUUCAACAAAUCAUCGGAUAAAAGAAAGUUCCCUGAAUCCCGAAAUCGAAAAUCGAGCACAAUACUGUACGCGAAUCACGGUUAGGAGAAUCAACAAGCAAUAGGUGCAGCGAACGUGAGGCAGAUUGUGAAAACAUAUAUUUAGUACACAACCAACAACCAACCAUAUGUAUAUUUAUACAUACAUAUAUAUUUAACUAUCGAGGUAGGCGAUGCAAAGGAGGUAGUGUUUGGUUAACCUUGUGUGCGUAUCAAAUAGGGUUUUUUUUCAUAAGUUUGUUUUACAUACAUUAUAGUUAUGUAAUGGUAUAAAGUUUACAUUGCAACAACGUUACGUUACAACACUAGUACCCUCCCAUGUUGUUACCCUCUACAGGCGAGGUUGAACAAACAAUCUUUUAAGAUACUCCGAUGUGUGUUGUUGUGCCGUGUCUUCUUAUGUGACCUGCCUUGCUUCAUCCUUCUGGACCGUGUUUGGUAUUGGCUUUAAAUGAAAUCAUAAUAACCAUUGUGGAUUUAACUACUGCGAAACAUUGCAAGUGGUGAAAGUUAUUCAAUCCCAACCCCUGUAGAAAAUUAUUACUAAGAAUAAACCCACGUGUUGACAGGGGUUGAGAUCGUUUUCCCUUCUCAAUGAACCACGGGGAGUCACGGCAGGCAUAUAUUGGCAGGACACACUGCAGCACUGAAAAAAAAUCCCUUCCCCGUGAAUUUCGUGUUUCCUCCCGUAUUUGCUGCACCAAACACUCAACCUUCGUUUGAAAGUUUUUUUUUUAUGCAAGUGAUAUUGAAACGUAUUUUUAAGGAAAACGAUAGUUUACAUAUUAUCCCCACUGUGUGCUAUAAUAUAACUACAUCCCGAUAAUGGCCAAAAUGGCGGAUGGAAUGUUGUGGGGAACGGAACGAACGAUAUUUAGAAUGACGUAGAACGAUUUGAUCUUUUUUUCUAAGCACGAUCACGGAAACAAACACGUAUCAAACCAUCGUGCGAUCAGGGACUGGCUUCCAAGGGAGCCGUAUGGCUGCAAAAGAUAACAUAAACGAUGUUUAACAUUGUCACGUUAUUACAAAACAAGUAUGUUAGCUUUAUAAUUUAAACAAAACAUGUAUAUGGCUUUGUGGCACCGGAAAAUGUUUGUCCAAGCAAAAACCGUUGAAAUCCGGUUUAUCAGCUAUCCUCUAGCUGAAGCUCUAAUUUAUGAUCGUUAACUUUGGCCUGAACUCCGGUGGUUGGCCGCACCGAUGGUGGAAGCUUUUCCUUGAUCGGUCAAGAUGGUUUGAAAAAAAACAAACACUUUUGGGAGCUAUUGAGAGUUAGCUGCGGCGGCGUAGUGAUAGUUAGUUAGAGCUAUAGGCAUUUCAUAUUUGCGACAGUUUGUUUUAGUUUUUUUUUAUUAAUUUUAUAAUUCGACAAAAAGAAGAAACCAUGAAGAAGGUGUGUAAAGUCAAAACAGUAAGGCAUGGAAAGGCCAUCAAAUAUUAACUCGCGUCAUAUGUGCAUGCCACAAACAAAUCUGGCCAAGUGAACAAAUAAUCAAGCCAAUUCUCUUUACCAUAAGUAGAUCAAUUGGAAAAAAGACUACCAGCGUCAUCAGGACAUCUAGGGAUCGGGAAGACCUUAUGAUUUGAUCUCUAAACGGAAACGGCAAUUUGAUCGAUCCUUGGUUAAAAGUGUAAAGGGAUCGCAUCCAGUGAUCGCGAGAUCUCAAUUUGCACCAUUCUAUGGCCCUUCCGGGGGUGGAACCGCACGGGAGGACAACUGAAAUGUUGAGUAGUAUAACCCCGUUCGAACGAGAUCCCUAAUAAUAUAAAACAAACCUUUGACUGGCGAUAGAACUGAUUAGCACAAAGUGGAAAGUAUUUAGUCUACAAAUUCUAGCGACCGAUGCGCGAACUUUGUUUGGAUGAUUUUUUAUUCUUUGUUUGGAUGAUCUUUUAUUCGUUUAUAAAACACGCUCACAUAGAGAGCCACAGUA